CUGAAAUGAACUGACGUCCUUUCAUUUGUAAGAAAGCUGGAAACAACCAUGAAGUUCACUAUCCUUCUUGGGAUUGCUCUUACACUCGUUAAGAGUGCACCUCUAGAAGAUGGACUGUUGAAUGACGACAAUGAGAAUGAUUCGCAUGUCUACAAUGCAGUUAAAUCAGCCUCUAAGUUGUGGCCCGGAGGUGUCGUGCCUUUCACCAUUGAUUCCAGCAUCUCCUAUCGACAAAAGCAGACUUUAGAAAGUGCACUUUGGGAUUUUACGCAGUUAACCUGCAUCAAAUGGGUCCAAAGGACUUCUCAAACGGAUUACGUCCAUAUACAACCCGGCACCAGUUGUUCUUCCCCAAUUGGAAGGACAGGUGGAAGACAGACUAUGUCGAUCAACACAUCCAAAUGGUGGAAGGGGGUGAUCGUGCACGAGAUGAUGCAUGCCAUCGGCUUCUGGCACGAACAGAGCAGGAACGAUAGAGACAGCUAUGUGAACAUUUUGUACCAGAAUAUACAACCAGGAAAGGAGUCUAACUUCCAAAAGAUGACAAACCAGGCUAGUGAUAUCCUAAGCUAUGACUAUGGAUCUAUUAUGCAGUCAUCUGGGACGGAGUUCUCUAGAAAUGGUCAGCCUACAAUUGUCGCAAAACAGAGCGGGGUGACACUGGGUCAAAUCAGGGGUUUCUCCAUGCUGGACAGAAAGAAGAUAAAUGCCUUAUACAAUAACUGUGAGAAUGGAGGUGUUGGACCAACUGUGAGACCUACUGUCAGGCCGACCCCUGGUGGUAAUUGCAGGGACAAGUUUGACAAUUGCCCUGUGUAUAAGUCUAUGGGUCUAUGCUCAGGUAGUGAUAGCGCCUACUUUAGAAGCACUUGUCCCCUAUCCUGUAGCGUUUGUGGUGGAGUCACUGCCCGACCAACGGCAGGGCCAGGACCUGUAGGGACCGGCGGCUGUGGCAAGUCUAAACUUGGCCAUGAUACCAAAUAUAUAGUUGGAGGCAAAGAAGCUCAGGUCGGAAGAUGGCCGUGGAUGGCUGAUAUGUAUGUUAAUGGAAGGCAUAGCUGCGGGGGAUCUAUUCUUAAUGCCAACUGGAUCCUCACGGCCGCACAUUGUGUUGCACGACAAAAUCCGGCUUAUCUCAAAAUUAGAGUAGGGUGGCACGAUCAAAAUCGACGCACACAGAAUGGAUUUGAACACAACGUUAGAAGAAUAGUAUCUCAUCCGCAAUAUGGUUCCAUCAAUGCUGUAGGUAUAAAGAAUGAUAAUGACAUUGCUCUUUUACAACUUGCUACGCCAAUCAACUUCCAAAAUGAACACGUGAACACCGUGUGUCUUCCACAACGCAAUGAGCAAUUCAGUGGGAACUGUGUUGCAACAGGAUGGGGUAUGACGAUGGGAACUGGAGACCAGACUAAGCUAAGGGAGGUGACUGUCCCCGUGCAUACAACAUCUACAUGUAACAGAUACUGGCCAGGUAGCAUAUCUGAUAGACAGAUCUGUAUGGGAACGGUUCCACCUACAACUACAAAAACUGCAUGCAUGGGUGACUCUGGAGGGCCUUUGGUGUGCAAGAAGAGUGGCCGGUGGGUUCAAGCAGGUGUGACAUCAUGGGGGUCACGUCAAUGUCGAGAUAAACCAGCCGUCUACACCAGAACGUCACAAUACUUGGACUGGAUCAAUUCAAAUAUGAAAUGAAUUUACUUUGAUCCAGAAAAGAUUUAAUAAAGCAAUAAACACGGA